UUUCCGGUCGGCGCGGCAUUGUUGUCCUCACCGAACUUCCUGUCAGAUCGGUGUAGUUCCUUAUCACCCAAUUUCGGCCCCCACACAAGUUGCAUUUAUUGUAGCUAGUGGCAUAUCGCUUUGUUGGGGGAUUGAAGUUGUUCGACCCCGUUUCGGGGAUACGGCUGUAUCGGUUCAGCUUCAUUUUCUUCCUUCUCUCGGGUCUGUAGAGCCUCGAAGGGUGGUGAGUUUACCAGGCCACAGUCAGCAUCCAUUUUUCCCUCGCUUCUCGUCAUUCGGCCCUGAUCGUGUUUCUGGAGGAUUAUGGCUAUGAGGCAGACUCCGCUUACAUGUUCAGGACAUACCCGACCAGUGGUGGAUCUGGCGUUCAGCGGAAUAACUCCUUAUGGAUAUUUCCUGAUAAGCGCUUGUAAAGAUGGCAAACCCAUGUUGCGCCAGGGGGACACAGGGGACUGGAUCGGGACGUUCCUGGGUCACAAGGGUGCUGUUUGGGGGGCCACUUUAAAUAAGGAGGCCACGAAGGCAGCUACUGCAGCUGCAGAUUUUACAGCUAAGGUGUGGGACGCCGUGACCGGGGAUGAAACUCUUACGCUGGCGCACAAGCACAUUGUUAAGUCUGUCCACUUUACCCAGGAUAGUAACCACCUGUUGACAGGGGGAAACGAUAAAGUGUUACGCAUCUUUGACCUCAGCAAACCUGAAGCUGAUCCACAGGAGAUUGCGGGACACACCUCUGCCAUUAAGAAAGCUCUGUGGUGCAACAGUGACGAGCAGAUCCUCUCAGCUGCGGAGGACAAAACAGUGCGCCUGUGGGACAGGAGCAGUAUGGAGACGGUGAAAACCCUUGCCUUUGAUGUAGCUGUCAGCAGCAUGGAGUAUAUCGCAGAUGGAGAAAUCCUGGUCAUCACUUAUGGGAAAACCAUCGCUUUCUACGAUGCGCUUAGCCUUGACUUGAUCAAGACUGUGGAUGCCCCAACGUCCAUCCACUCCGCCUCCCUGCAUCCCGAGAAGGACUUCUUUGUGGCUGGUGGCGACGAUUUCAAGCUCUACAAAUAUGACUACAGCACCAAGGAGGAGCUCGAGUCGUACAAGGGCCACUUUGGGCCAGUGCACUGUGUGCGGUUCAGCCCGGAUGGCGAGCUGUACGCCAGCGGCUCCGAGGACGGAACCCUGCGGCUGUGGCAGACUGCGGUGGGCAAGACCUACGGACUCUGGAAGUGCGUCCUCCCAGAGGAGCUGGUCUCGGAGAACUCCGACACGCUGUACUGCCCCGCCACUGAGAUCAAGGCCUGACCCCCUGCAUCCCCACCCCCCAUCCCCAACACCCUGCCAGUCGCAUGCCGAGGACAGAGAGGAGGUGGAGAGGAAAGCGUGUGAGCCAGGGGGUGGAAAGGAGGGAGGGCCUGGUGAAGUAGAAGAAAAAAGAAAGAAAUGGCACCACCCUCAGAAAAAUACGAGGCCGUUCCUCCUCGUCGGGGGCCGAAUUUGUGUUGAGCUCACCUGGGAGUCUGAGUACCGCUGAAAACACUAUGUAGGACACACACACAGAGUCACAGCGGCACGCUCCAUGACAGUCUGCACCGGAGGAAAGUAGUAGACCUGUGAGCGUAACGCUGACACAGCUGCCUACUUUUUUUUUGUUUGGGUGAAGGUCAAACGAUCGGUCUGUCCCCUGCACUCUGGGGCCCGUCGUCUCUCGUCUUCUCAUGAGUAUUUGGAAAACUUAUCCGGCCAUAGAAGAGCUUUGUGAUGUUUUUGUUUUAUUGAGAAAUUUACUAGGAAAUUUACUUAAAUGGGCACAAAAUGCAGGAUUAGUUUUGGUUCUUAGCUACCCUGCCCCCCCCCCCCCCCCCUCCUUUAAGAAAAAAAACAAAAACAAAAAAAAUUGCCUAUGUUGCCAUUGCAGUUGGAUUUGCUUCUUAAAAUAUCGUUACCUGCAUUCUUCUGUUCGUCCGUGAGUUUCGUUUCCGCACAACCCCCCACCCCCGCAAGUCUGACCGUCACAUUUAGCUGAACCAGUGACUGGCAGAGCUCUGCGUCCCGUGUUUCCCAAAGCGCCGUCUGUUCUGUGAGGUGUGCCUUUCGCCAUUUUACUGGAAUACCACUAAAUAAAAAUGUCAUUGACUGUA